AUGGAGGCCACAGUCAUUGAAAUGGCAGCACUAGGACGGGCUUUGCACCCUGGCAUGAUGUAUGACUGCCGCAGCGAUUCUAUCAUUCCAGGUAUUUCUCUAUGGGAUAACGAAACAAUAAAGAAGGGUGUGGUUUCCUCUCGUCAGCCCAAGACAGAUCUAAAGUUCACUUCUUCUGACUCUCUCAGUGAGAAAGCAAAACUUUUAGAUGUGAGCACCUCCCUUUCAGCUAGCAUCUUGGGUGGUUUAGUGGAUGUUGGAGGAUCAGCCAGGUUCUUACGUGAUAACAAAUCCUCAGCACGUCAAAGCCGAGUUUCUCUGCAGUACAGCCAAACAACAAGAUAUGAAGAGUUUACGAUGGACCGAAAUAUCACCUUCCACAACAUACUCGAAGAUCAAACUGCCACACAUGUUACUGCUGUACUGUAUGGAGCUCAGGCUUUCAUGGUGUUUGAUCUAACAUCCAAUGAAAAUGAAGACAAAGAAGAAAUUGAGGGAACCUUAAAUAUAAUGGUCAAAAAUAUACCUUUUAUUGAUAUUGAGGGAGUUGGAGGCCUAAAAAUGAGUGAUGGUGAAAAAAAAAUGUCUGACAAGAUCAGCUGUACCUUUUAUGGCGACUAUGAACUUGAGCAAAACCCCACAACAUACAUAGAGGCCCUGCAGCUGUACAAGGAGCUGCCAUCUCUGCUGAGGAAGAGGGAAAAUGAUGCAGUACCAGUGAAGGUUUGGCUUUAUCCCCUUGUACAUUUGAGUAAAAAAGCAGCUACCCUAGAAAGAGAAAUUCCCAGGAUGCUGAUCACUAAAACAGAAUCCUUACUGGAUGACCUGGGAAAUGCAGAGAUUCAAUGCAAUGAUCUAAUUACAAACACAACAAUAAACAAUUUCCCGGAUGUGAGACAAAGGCUGAAGACAUUUCAGGAUUUUCUAGGAAUCUACAAGAUGAUGUUUCUCAAAUCGCUGCGUAGGCUCAUUCCUGCUAUUCGGGGUGGAAAGGUGCAGGAUCAGGCCUUAACAGAAAUCAUAGCCAUCCAUCAGAAGUCUCCGUUUAGAGCUGAGAAGCUUAAUCAGUGGCUUGAGAACAAUCAGAGUGAAUUACAUCUGCUUAAUCUCUAUACCCAACAACUGAGCGGUGUCCCUGUUCUAAAAUACUCAGCCCUGAUGAGCAGCAUUCUCAUAGAUCCUAGUGUUGAUAGUGUGGUGUGCCUCUGCUUCACUUCUCUGAAAUAUGAAGACCCAAAUUUGUCAAUUCUAACUAAAUUUUUAAAAGUAGAUGAGUUUGAAAACCUGAUAACAGUUUCAGAGCCAGCUGAGCAAUUGUGGUUCCAACGUCCUGAAUUAAAUGAGAAGAUGAAACACAGCUUUUUUCUCUUCAGGAGUUUCUUCCAAGCUAAUAAAGAUGACACACAAAUGAGGUUUGUCAUUGUGUCAGUCCCCGAUCCCUCCAAUCCUGGAAUCUCUAUCCGUCUUUAUAAAAAAGGGAAAAUGGUGGACAGUGCAUUUCAACCUGUGUCCAAACCUCCUGCACCCAAGGUAAACAUUCAGGACAAAAAUAUAAUCCUGAAGCUGCAGAAGUCCCCAACUGGAUCAACAGAGUGGUUUAGAGUGGAGUACAGAACAACACAUGUCUCUGAUUCAGAAGCUGAUGUGGAAAAAUGGGAAGUCACAGAUACUCCAGAUGUUCAGGAAAACUUUACACUGACCGACAUUAAGCCUGCAAACCAAUACUGGGUCCGCUACAGAGCUAUUAGUGAAGUUGGAGUGAGUGAACCCAGUGACUCUGUCCUCUUCUUUCGGCAAGGAAAAUUAAAGUUUUCUGUGGGCCAGACUUGGGGUGAACGCUCCAGCGGCACUCCUGAUUGGCCCGUGUUUUUCGGCGGGCGUUUCGCCCACCCCGUUUUACUCUCACUCCCAGCAGUGCUGGCCAUUAUGCUGAAGUUUGAGAGAUCACGCUUAGCGCCGCUGGCCAAGAACUGGAGUGCAUCUUCCUUUGGUAAAGAACAACGUUCUGGCAUCCCACAGUGGGAGCUUUCUAACAUCCAGUCAGAUAUCAAAUAUCCUCUCUGUAAACCUGUAUUUGUAAAUGGACGUCGGUUAAGUAAGUUUAAAGAAAAGAUAUCAAUAAGAAAUGUGUCCAUAAUUGAAAUCACUGGAAAUGUCUUCAUGAACACGUUUGCCAUUAUUCAGGUGGAUUACACUAAUCUGACCCUUGACAUUGCAGCCCUUAUGUGA